UUUAGAAUGGCGGCAGUUCGCCGGUUUUGCGCGCUGCAUUGUGGUUCUCGAUAAAGUUCUUGAAGCGAAAGUAGUUACCGUUCAAUUAAUUCAAUUGUUUGCGCUUUCCGUAAAAACGAAACUUCACUGCACUGCGCGGGUGCAGCAGUUGGCAUGGAUCAGCCGUGGAUGCGUCAGGACGAUGAAGAGAGUGAUGAUGAAAGCAGCACCGUGGACUUCGGGCAAGCCGUAGAUGGCAUCCUGUUUCUUAUCGACGCUACGGAAGGCAUGUUUGAAGAAGUUGACGGUGACACCGCUUUCAUGCAGUGCAUUAAGGCUGCAAAGUCUACAAUGCUGAACAAGAUCACAAGCAGUCCAAAAGACCUCGUGGGUAUAAUACUUUUUGGCACGGACAAAGACAGCAACCCCAAUCGCUUCAAGAACGUAUAUGUGCUGCAAGAUCUCGAAAGUCCGGGAGCAGAAAGCGUUCUCAAGCUGGAGAAGUUGAUUGCCGAUGGCCCCGAGAAGUUCAAGCAAAAGUAUGGACAUGGCAGUGUCAACAUGGCCGAUGUCCUCUGGACCUGCGCCCUUAUGUUCUCUAAGUCUCGUGCAGGGCAGCGGAGAGUGCUGGUGCUGACCAAUCAGGAUGAUCCUCACAAGGGCUCAGGCGAUCUCGAUGACAAGGCGGUGGUCAAGGCUAAGGAUCUUUUACAAUCUGGCAUUGAACUUGAUUUGGUUCACCUGAAGCCACCUGGAGACAAAAAGUUCCGGCCACAGAUCCUUUACAAGAACCUGGUGACUGACAAAGAGAACUAUGAGGAUGGCUUCCCCGAGGCUUCCGAAAAAAUGGAAGAACUUUUACUGAGGGUACGAAUGAAGGACCACAAGAAGCGGCGCCUCAUGUCUCUGUCCUUUUGGCUGGGACCCGAAGUGAAGAUGUCAGUCUCCCUCUACAACCUGGUGCGACCCACAGGAAAGCCCGCCCCCACGCGCCUCGCCAGGGACACCAACGAGGAACUGCUCUCCCGUCGGAUCACCUAUGCAAUGGACUCUGCGGAGGCACUGAUGCCGGGUGAUAUAUCAAAGACUCAGGAGUAUGGUGGCAGAAAGGCACAUUUCGACAUUUGUGAAGUGAAGCAGAUCAAAGCAAUGGCACCUCCAGGCCUGCUGCUGCUCGGUUUCAAGCCGCUCAGCUAUCUGGAGAAGCAGCCGCACGUGCGACCGAGUAACUUCGUGUACCCGGACGAGGGUUCCGUGCGAGGAAGCACACGCCUCUUUGCUGCCUUGCUGCAGAGCUGCCUGCGACAUCGUGUGGCCCCUGUCUGCUUCUGGAUCUCGCGUGCAGCCCAGGCUCCCAAGCUAGUCUACCUCCUGGCGCAGGAGGAGGAACGUGACCCACACGGUCUCCAGAUGGUACCACCAGGAUUCCACGUGGUACAACUGCCCUUUAGCGACGACCGCCGUCGGCUACAAUCCCUCCAGGAGGGCACAAAGAAGGCCACCCCUGGAUUAAUUGCCCUGGCACGGGAGAUGGUGGAGAAGCUACGAUUCACUUAUCAUCCGGACAACUUUGAGAAUCCAGAGCUACAAGGGUUUUGGAGCUGUUUGGAGGCCCUGGCUCUGGAUCGAGACGAUGCGGAACAUCCGAAGGACUAUACACGUCCCGACCACGAGAAGAUGAAAGCUAAGGCCGGGGAGGAGAUGGACGCUUUCUUGGAAGCUGCAUUUCCAGAUGGGUGCACUGCCACUACCGCAGGAUCCAGGAAGCGGGCGCAAGCCGGAGAAGGAGGCCCGGCAAAGAAAGCACGCUCAGAAAAUCAGGGCAGCGACGUGGACGUCCGGGAAGAGGCCAAGCGUGGCAAGCUGGCCAGCCUCACGGUCAGUGUCCUGAGGGACUUCUGCAAACAAGAAGGCCUCCGGUGUCCAUCUAAGAAAGCAGAGAUCGUCGAUUGCAUCAAGAAGCACCUCAAGCUUUAGAUUGUAUUGCAACCCUGCUCAGUUGUUAAUGCUGAAUUCGACUGCGAGGAGGCCACUUUUCCAGUAUUUAAAACGGCAGUAGAAAGAUUGCUAAGGCUUUGAGAGCAUUUCUAAGCCAUCCUCGGAGCAGCUGUCAUGCUUGGGCCAUCGGUCAUGUUCUGGAAACAGAAAUAAAUAAUUGUAAUGAUUUUGGUGUCGUUAUAAGACAAAAGAAGGACAAUAUGUGUGACUAAAGCAA